CCAUCCGAGCGACUUGACUCUCCUGUUUACUUUGGCUUCAAUCACAUUAUUUUCUUUUGGUGAAGCGUCCGUCUCUAUUUAAACAUGAGACUUUACUUUGCUUUUCUUGUUUUUAUUGGAAUCUCCGUUCUUGUCUCGUCAAAACCCAGUCAUAAACCAAAACCAAAAGAUGAUGAUGCUGAGAAAGACCACGCUUCUUUGGGUGUCGAAGGAUGAAAGAGAGGAUGAAAGCGAAGGAAGCGGCUCAGGAAUUGAAGGUGGGCCAGGAACUGGAGAAACCAAACCUAAUAAAAACGAAGACACCCAAGACGAUGAAGUAAGCAAGCGCAUUGAAGGAGGUCCAGGAACUGGAGAUACAAGUUUACCUGAAGACUCAUCAGACGCCGAUGAUAAAAACGAAAAACCCAAACCAAUCGAGGGAGGUCCAGGAACUGGCCAGACCAAGCCCAAGAAUGAUCAAUAUAGCGAUUCCAGGCUGGGAAUCGAAGGAGGUCCUGGAACAGGAGUUACAACUGUAUCAGAMGCAAAAGAUGAAAAYGAAAARCCCAAACCAGUUGAGGGAGGUCCAGGAACUGGCCAGACAAAGCCCAAGAAGGAUGACAAAAAUYUGGACACGCAAGAUGACGACAACGACAACGACGACGAUAAGGACGAAACAAAACCUGAUGACAACAAGAAAGACAAGAAGAAGGAAAAGGGACCUAAACCUGGAGAGGUCGAAUCAUAAAAGAGAGCAGCAUUCUCAAAAACUUAAAAUCAUGGACCAAUAGCAUGGACAAAGUAUUAAAGGACGAGUCAUAUUAUAUUGAAUAGCGAACUGCGUAUUUUAAAUAAUAAACCAAUUAAAAACUGA